UGUUUCGGACGCGCGUGGUCGCCAGCGGCGCCGGGAGCGGGUCGGGAUCGGGGUCGGGGUCGGGACUGAGAUCGAGCUCCGGUCCGGGAUGUUCCGCAUCGAGGGGCUGGGGCCCAAGAUGGACCCGGAGGAGCUCAGGCGGAAGAUGCGCCGAGACGUCCUCGCCUCCGUCCGCAACUUCCUCAUCUACGUCGCGCUGCUGCGGAUCACUCCCUUCAUCCUGAAGAAGCUGGACAGUAUAUGACCCCUCCGGGCCCGGCGCACGAACUCGCGGGAUGAACUGCAGCUGCUCUCCCCUGGGUGCUAAUGAAACGUGGUGUCAGAGGCAGACAGCCAGCGCCAAAUGGUUCCAAAACGUCUCACUUCAGCACGUCCAGCCAGGAGUGUCCGCCGGGCUGGCAGCAUGGGCAGGGACCUGGGGUCCCUGCAGGUGAAUCCUGGCCGUGCAACGCUCCGUGGUGUGGGUCAAGCGGUGACUCGUGACACAACAUUCCGUAUGCUGUGUGAACAAAGCUCUUGUCCAUCCCGCACCCGCUGUCACGUGCUGGCAGCCAUGUGCCGUGGCUGCCCACCUCACCCACCUACCUGUCUGUGUGCAACGUCCAGUCUCCCCUGCAUCCAGCUCACAAACAGUUCGAUUUGAAAUAAAUGGGAGAGCAGUUGUGUCA